CGUACUAAUGUCGAUUAAAUACGAAUAGUGGAACGAACUGUCAAAUUUAAAAAAAAUAAUGUUUGUGGUUGACUUGUUUAUUUUUAUUUUAGCAUUGAGUGUGGUGAUGUCAGAUUGUUACCAAGAAUCAGUGCGGUGUGUUGAUGAAGAAAAUAAUGCAGUUGACUGGUACGUCAUUUAUAAGCUGCCAAAGAUAAAAGCUUCAGACAAUGUGUUAAUUAGAAAUGGCCUUGCAUAUCUAUACAUGACAUCCAAUGCAAGCAAAGGGUGGGUUUUAUCCUCAAAAUCAGUCAACAGCACUGAUUCACUGCCUGGCAGGACAAUGAGUCAGCUGUAUGAGUCAUGUUUAAAUCAAAAUAGCAGUCUUCUGUGGUUAAUAUACAAUGAUGAGCCAGUUAAUGGUACUUCAUCUUUAGAUCUAGGACACACAAAAGGAGUUGUUGUGGCAAAUAUGGAUGGUGGAUUUUGGCUCGUUCACAGUGUUCCUAAGUUCCCUAAUGUUCCUUGCACAUCACAGAUGUAUGGGUACCCUGCAACAGGACUUCACUAUGGGCAGAGUUUCUUCUGCAUUAGUAUGGCUGCCAAAUCCCUGGAUAUUGUGGGAGAACAGCUAUUGUACAAUGAACCAGAACUCUACAGUGCACAGAUACCUUUUAAUUUAAAGGAUGUAUAUCCAAAUUUAUCACUCGCAUCUCAGAAAAAAUGGAUAGAAGCUGCACCUUGGUUCCACAUAGCUACACUUACAUCCACAAAAGGAGAUUCCUUUUGGUCUUUUGCAAAAUCACACCACUUUGGGGAAGAUUUGUAUGCAGACCUGGUGGCUCCUAAUCUGAAAUCUGACCUCUUUGUUGAAUCGUGGCAGAAUGGUGAAGGAAAACUUCCAUCGGAGUGCCAGUCAGACUUCAUUGUUGAGAACAUUGCAGCUGUAACAUGCAACACUGGAAAAUCACAAGUGGCUGAAUUCCAUUCAAGUAAGGAUCAUUCAAAGUGGACAGUUACAAGUAACAGCAGCAAUCCAUGGGUCUGCAUUGGUGAUAUAAAUAGAAUGGAGUCUCAAAAGAAGAGAGGGGGUGGCACUGUGUGCACGUCCAACAAAGAUUUAUGGAUUGCUUACAGAAGUACUGUACAAUCUGUUGAUUCCUGCCCAGUGGCAGAAGAUUUUAACAACAAAGCCUCUUACAUGGAGAAACAAGCAACUGUGUAUUUAUUGUUAUUUAUAUUCAUUUAUAACAUCGUGAUAUAAAUGCAAUGAAAUUACUGACAGUAUUAAUAUCAUGAGAUUUGGCCACACAUCUCAUUAAUUAAUAAAAAUUAAUUUCUUACAAAAUUUAAUGCUGUAUUCAAUUAUACAAUGCACUGUGUUGAGAAUUUAUAAUACUUAAAUCACAAGUUGCAGUUUAUUUACAGAUUUGGUACUAAUUCUCACAAACUUUGGAUCACUUCUUCUUUGGUUUCAACAUGAAAUAUAAUAUAACAAGACCAACACCAGCAUAUGUAGCCUUUGCUACCUGAAAACAAAAAGGAAAAGUUAUCAGUUUAGAAUGCCUCACAUGAGUCAUUCCAAUAACAUCCCACAAUUUCUUCUCACAACAAGAGUUAAAUUUGAUGAAAAAGUCAACAUUUAAUUUACAUGUACUAUUUUUCUAAUUAGUCUCCUCCACCUUCUAUGACCUUACAUGAGUAUGUAUUAUUCCAUUUGUAAAAAGCUCUUGCCCCGUGCUCAUUCAAUCACACUUCAGAGAAUCCAUAAGUGGCUCAAGUACAGUGCCAGGUUUGACCUUUAGGGUCGAUUAGGCAAUUUUGUGAUGUGUUCAAGUUCCGAGACUUGUUUGGGAAUAAGAUUUAAUUUGGACCCUUUUCAUACAAAAACUGUUAAUAGGGAUAAAGAUGAAUAUUCAACAAGAGUCAUUGGCUUUGACCAGUGAUGUAGACAACAUGUGACAAAUGCCAUAAACAUGGCAACUAUAACACAAUACCAGUGAUGGUUUUUUUCAAAUGGUCUAAGCUUCAGACCAGGCUAUCACCACAACCAUGAUUUUUUUCUUCUUUCACAUUAACAAAACUGAAGAUAUGCACUGAACGGUAAUAUUGCAGAAACCAUAAACAUUUCAAAUAUUCUUUUCGAUCUGUAAACAGUUUUUGAUUCUGUUUAGAAUCUUUACAUAUGCCACUGACUUCUUGGCUGACCCUUUGGGCAACACUUGAAUGAGAAUGUCAAUAUCCCAAAAGACAGCUGUCAUGACACAGCAGAGGGAGCUGCCUUGUAUUUCUUUGUUUUAGGUGAUUGCGGAUGGUGCCACUCCAAUGACUGCCUUUUUGUUGCUUGCUAAAGGUGAUGCAUACAGGUUUUUUCACCUGUAAUGAUCUGUGACAAAGGCCUCUCCACUGGUCUCAAAGUUCCGAUGUAAGGCUUUUCUCUGAAUAAAGUUCCACAAAUCCGCAGAACAGACCACAUCUUGGGCACACCUUUGAAUACCCAAGAGUUUCAAUCAUUGCACACAGACUUCAAAAUGCUAACUGACUGCUGAGUAAUGCACCAGUCUGCACAAAUAAUGACAUUCACGCGAUUCACCAUAGCUUCGAGCAGUGGCUGUGACACGACAUCAGAAACAUGGCCGAUCGUAAAGCUUAGUUUAUGUGCGUCCUGAUACUGUAAACCUCUUUACCCACUGCACAAUAGCACCCCUAUCACCUACAUCACUACCACACAGUGCACAGAAACAAUUCUGGAUGUUCACCAGGCUGUGCUUUUAUGCAACCAAGAAUUCAAUUACAGCAUGUUGCUUGUACUAAGUGUCUUGCAUCAACAUUUCAAUGUAUCACUACUGCUUUGCCAUCUGUAUGAAUUGUUUUGAAACCUCACAUGUGAAUGAAAAACAAACUUUAAGUAAGUAAAAUAUAUUAACUGUAAUAUAAAUUUGGGCAAUCUUUUCUUGCACAACCCUCAUAUUUAAUGACAAAAUUUCAUCAAUAGUGUUCACAGUACAAAAAUAAUUUUUGCAGGCCAAGGAUGAAAAUGAAUAACCUUUCAGUGGAACAAUCACUGGAAAUACCUGCAUCAAUUCUAUCCAAAAAAAGUGUGUCAAGUAUUGCAGUAGCUGCAAGUCCUGUCCAAUGGAUAACAUUUUAAAAUAAUAAAAAAUAGCACAGGAUGGAAAGCCCUUUAACCCUUUCAUGGGCAAUGAGAAGCUCCAAUCUCAUUCUUGAAAACAUUUUAGAGCUCUGUAGGAAUGCGCCCCCCCCCCCCCCCCCCGCCUCUCUCACACAACUGAUGCAAUCCACCAGAUGCUUAUUUUGCUGUUACUUCUGAGUUGGUUUAUACAGAAACUUAUGGCAAUGGUUUGCUGGAGUUUAGAACCUGUUCCUGAAGUGGAUGCUACUGUAAAUGUAUUUAGAUCAUAAGCUCCAUAAACUGACACCUCUUAAAGAGAUGAAGCAUGGAACAUGCAAGCCUUUUAACCUUUGCAAGGUUUGGUAUUUGUCCAUUUCCACUAAUGGUUACCCUAUUAAUUGUGCAGUUUAAAUUAGGAAAUCUGAAGACUUUUCACUAUGGACAUGUGUUGCACUAAAAUUAUGAUUCAUACAUUCCACAAAAAAUCAAUCAAUUUGUUUCCCCUUGCUGCACUUUUUAAGCAGCGAUAAUUUAUAUACAAUAAUAUUCAUGUAAUUAACACACUUUGAAGUAUUAAAUAUUUUACAACUUCUUAUUUAUGAAACUCAAUAAAAUGAGAUUCCAAUGCCGACUUAAAAACACAGAACUCCUAGCAUUUGCUCAAUUUUUCCAGGUGAAAUUUGAUUCCCUCAGAAAUCUAAACACAUUCAGGAAAUAAAUAUGGUUGAACUGAGUGAUCCUCACUGGGCAUCAUACACUGUCACCAAAUGGCUACAAUCAACACAAUGAACGAACAGCAGCAUACAACAGAGAAGACACACACACUAAGUGCAGUUUAGUCUAACACUAUACAGAGAAGAAACUAGAGUGUCAGGUAUUCUGAGGAUAAUCUUAGAUCACUCUUUUGAGAACAUAUCACAGUAGUUUAACUUAACUGUGAAUGGAAUGAAUUUAUGUUGUGAAGGAUCUGAAUGAAGUCUACAUUUCUAUGACUUGCUGUUUUUAACAGUGACAGUAACUAGAUUCCUUCUUCCAUGGGUAACACUAAGAAUAAUUUAAAUUUAACAAUUUAAUAUUAUAAAGUAAAAUAAAUGUGUGUCCACAAAUUUCACUGUGUAAAAACUUACUUUUCAUUAUUAUACAUCUUAAAUGAUACUGUACAAAUCUUUCAAAUGAACAUUUUGUAUUCAUUAAGAAUCUAAAUGUUACAAAUACAGAUUGAGUACAUGGUAUGUAAAUUUAAGAAAUUUUUAGAAUUGAACCUCAGCUGAAGACAAAUCCACCUUAAGCUUCCUAUAUUGUGCUUAAAGCUGCACACAGAAGAAACAAUGCAGACAAGAUAUUCUCCCAUGAAAGAGCUGGAAAUUUUAUGACUGGUUGUAUUUUCCAGCUUAAAGUUUGCCCACUGCAUUAAAAUUUUUAACAAAAAUUAUCUGAACACUAUCUAGUUUAAGUAAAACUACAGCAGUUAGCCAUGCAAGAGCUAUGGUGCAAGUGUUACCAAGACACACCCCCUCCAUCACAUGUUUAAUAUAGCAGCAGUAGACAUUAGGUAACAAUUUGCAAAGGUCAUCCAAGCCAAAAUUUACUACCACUGCUUAAGACAAUAAUGGUAUGUAAAUAUUCAAUAUGGUGAAACACCUGAAAAUUGAUUCAAAAGAGAAAAUCCCGUUGGGCCAAAAAUCUGUGUGCAAGACAUGAUUUACUGGCAGUGAACAAGAAAAAAUUCUACCUUUUCACUCCUCAGCAAAUAAUGGAAAAUUAUGAAGAAAGAAUGAGUGGAUAUAAGUUAUGAGUUAAGUGGGCAUCAACUAAAAAUAUGGAAGGGAAAUGGAGACCAUGACGUACUGAAUUUGUCCUCGAGACACAUUUGGGUGAUGAAAUUUGUAGUGCAU